UAGGUGGAGCUAGAUUGUCAUCCACUUAAUGAAGAUACAUGCCACGAUGCUACAUUAAAAACAUCUGCAGUGCAUUAUUAUCUUCAUAGUUGUAAAGGACGUACGUGAUAUUAAUUCAGAAAGACAUACAAGUUACAAAAUGUUGAAAGGGAUUAUCCUUAUUGUGAUCAUUCAGGUUGUGAAUGCCAAACAUUUCGCUUUCUUUGGCCAGCCGUCAUACAAUGCAUUCAAUAGAAAUAAAUUUAUGGCGGAUUUUAUGAAGACAUUCAACCAACUUAUGAGUUUUCAGCAGCCUAAGAUAUCACCGCUUAAAAGUUAUCCAGGUUUCCCGCCAUUGUUUCCAUUUCCAGGGUUAAAUGGGAAAAAAACUGCCUUCAAAACCAUUGAUUUCAGUGAUCUAGCUCCUGGUUCUAAGAAAACGUUCAAAGUUGACAACGGGCAAGGAAUAGCAUUUAGAAGUAAAAGCGGAAACGGAGGAGGGAUGUCAUUUUCAAGUGGAACCGGAAACGGAAGAGGUUUUGCCUGGGGAGGAACAUUAGGUGGCGGUAAUAAUGGUGAAUUUGUUAUGAGUCAGAGUGGUCCAGGAUUAAAAGGAGGAAAAGUUACAUAUUCAAAGGGUGUUCCUAAAUUCGCAAAAGGACUAUUCAGCAUGUUAGGUUAAGGUUUUCAUUAUUUCAUGAUACACCAAUGUUGUAUACUCAUAUACUUUUUGGGGAAACAUUAUAACACGGCUACAUAAUACUACUUGCAUACAUCCCAGUAUGGCGAUAACACAAACAGUCACUGUUGUGUGAUUACUGUGUGUACUACAUGUACAAUACAUUUAUGGUUGCUGCUUCAUAUCACUGUUGUGUGAUUACUGUGUGUACUACAUGUACAAUACAUUUAUGGUUGCUGCUUCAUAUCACUGUUGUGUGAUAACUGUGUGUACUACAUGUACAAUACAUAUAUGGUUGCUGCUUCAUAUCACUGUUGUGUGAUAACUGUGUGUACUACAUGUACAAUACAUUUAUGGUUGCUGCUUCAUAUCACUGUUGUGUGAUAACUAUGUGUACUACAUGUACAACACAUAUAUGGUUGCUGCUUCAUAAGCAGAAAACAGUCAACACCUGGCAGCUUCUACUUACAUUCAAAUUAAUGAGACCGAGAUAUUAUGUUGACAAUAAGUAAUUGAGAUUAACAUUAAUAUACAUAGUGCUAUUUUUCAUAUGUGCCAUAAAUUAUUACAAUGAGUGUUGGUUUAACCAUGUACAUUUAUUAUUUUACAGUUGAUUGCAUUCCUACUUGUACGAGAUAACCGCUCAUCCAACCAUAAACAAACAUUUUUUUAAUAAAUAAUUAUUUUUUGUCAGUUCUUAAAUUCUAAUAUUUACUAAGGUUUUUAAUUAUAGUUGAUCAAAUUACACUUUUAAAAUGGCAUUUAAUCAAUUUUCAAAACACUUUUACAAAAUUCAAUAAUUUUAAACUAUAAACAUAGUUGCAAAACACUUAAACGAAAGCACGUUUGCUUAAUACACCUUAUCGCUAUUUGUCCGCUUUUACUGGACAUCACAAAUGAUCCCGUAUUAUUUUGACGUCAUAAUACAAAAUAUUUGACGCCACAAUGGAAAAGUGAUUGUUGUAUGAUGUCAUAAUUUCAAGCGGCGCAGAUUCCCGGGUCAGUCUGGAUUAGCGAUAAGAUGUAUGUAUCUCGUACAGUAAUAUAAGCUUGAAGAAGUUUGCGUAAUCAACAGUUGUGAUUACCAAUUUCAUUUAGUUGUUGUAGACUAAAUACCUUUACUAACAGAAAUUUAACAAAGUAACGAAUGUAAAUGAAUAAACUAAACUUUAAAAAAAAAAUAACUAAUUAACAAAAUCUACAAAGAUAUCGUCAUUAGAACCUGUAUUAUGUUUUGUUUGUUGAAAGUUUAUUUUAAAUUGUUGAAUGUGUAGAUUGUUAUAUAUUUUCAUAUUGUAUUUUCAUGUAUGUUGUAAAUUCCUCUGUUAAUCUGUUGUUAUAUUCAUUGUUAAGUUUGAUAUCGUUUCAUUUUUCUCAUACGUUGAACAAUUAUCUGGACUGAUGUGCAUACAACUACUUAGAAUAAGAUUAAGACUUGUUCCGAACGGACGGAUUUUUCUACAUGUCCUAUGAUAAAUUGUUACUACGAUUGAAUAUUUUAAAUGGAGUUGUUUUAUGCAUAUCAGCCCUGUUCUUUACUAUAAUGGCUGACAGUUAUACCUUUGUUAUUAUGUAACAGCUGUUCGUUGUUAUUACUACUACGUUUUACCGCCAGAUUCAUUAAGUCUACAACAGUGACUGAUUAUGUUGUCAGCUUCACGCUCAAUCAAACUUUAAGUAAAAUAAAACUUAAAUACGAGCGUGUUGUUUUAAACUUUAAAAACUAUCAAUACUUUUAAAAAAAGACUUGAAAAAUAUUAAAGGAAAUCAUCUUCAUUAAUCAAAAACAGAAUAAGAAAUGUAUGAUGAAUAGUAGUUUUGCGUCGAAAAAUUAGGACAUUAAUUAUAUUCUCAUACCUCGGUACCAUUUCAGACCUCAGCAGCCACGCCUUGGUCUGACUUGAGUGGUUCGGGAUGAUAUUGGGACAUAAACAGAGUAUUUAUAACCAUGAGUAUUAACAGUUUAUAACCGGACUUCUUACUGCAACUUUGAUUCAUUUUCCAUUAUGUGUAUUUUUUUUUAUCAUUGAUAUUGUUUUUAGAUUACAGAAGUAUCUUGCAUGAUUGUUAAUUUAUAUUAAAAGAUUUUUUAUUUAUUUGGCUUAAAGUCAGUUCUGUAGAUAAUUCACUACCACAUUAUACUAAUUCCUUGCAUGAAGAAUAAAGGAUAAAUUAUUAAAA